UGGAGGAGAAGGGAGGGGGGAGCGGAGCCGGAGCCCAGAGAAGACGGCGGCGGCGCUGCAGAGCGGCUGGGGCGGCGGCACGGCCCCGGGUGCUCCCCGCAGCGCCCGCCCAGCUCCUGUGAGGGCCCCGGCCCCGGCCCCCCGGAGUCAUGGGCUGCAUCGGCUCCAGGACUGUGGGGAAUGAGGUGAUUGCAGUGGAUUGGAAAGGUCUGAAGGAUGUUGACCAAAUCAACAUGGACAGCACCAGCUCCCUGCAUGGGAGUAGCAUCCACCGGCCAUCCACUGAGCAAACUCGAACAGAUUUCUCCUGGGAUGGCAUCAAUCUUUCCAUGGAGGACACAACCUCCAUCCUUCCCAAGCUUAAGCGGAACUCCAAUGCCUAUGGUAUUGGAGCCUUGGCCAAGUCGUCUUUCUCAGGGAUCUCACGUAGCAUGAAGGAUCAUGUGACAAAGCCUACAGCCAUGGGGCAAGGUCGAGUGGCCCACAUGAUCGAAUGGCAGGGCUGGGGGAAGGCUCCAGCUGCUCAACCACAGCACAGUCAUGAGUCUGUCCGAAGAGACACGGAUGCCUACUCUGACCUCAGUGAUGGCGAGAAGGAGGCUCGAUUCCUUGCAGGGGUCAUGGAACAGUUUGCCAUCUCUGAGGCCACACUCAUGGCUUGGUCUUCCAUGGAUGGUGAAGAUAUGAGUGUUAAUUCCGCCCAGGAGCCAUUGGGCUGCAACUACAGUGAUAACUACCAGGAACUGAUGGAAAGUCAGGAUGCCCUAGCCCAGGCUCCAUUGGAUGGAUGGCCACAUUCCUACGUAUCCCAAGGCAUGUACUGCUUGGGUUCUUCAGAUGCCUGGGAGGCAAGUGACCAGUCUCUCAUAGCCUCCCCAGCUACUGGUUCCUAUCUUGGUCCAGCCUUUGAUGACUCCCAGCCCAGUCUGCAUGAAGUAGGGCCUUCCCAACCUCCACCUGGGCACUCAGGCCAGGGGCCCCAACCCUUACUGGGAGGAGACCCUGACUGGGCUCCAGGAGUGGGUGGAAUUGACCCAGCAAGGGAACUGCCUGAGAAGAGGCAAAUGCCUGCUGAGGAGGAGGAAGAUGCAGGAUGCCGGGAUCUGGAGUCAUUGUCCCCACGAGAAGAGCCCGAGGCAUCUGCUGCUCUCAGUCGGAAAGUAUCAGACGUUACAUCCUCAGGGGUACAGUCCUUUGAUGAGGAGGAGGGAGAGGCCAACAAUUAGUUCUCUCCCAUUCAUGUGUACUCCUGCCUUCCUCCUCCCCAAUUUUACCAGAGGGGCAUGGCUGCAUCAAACAUCCAGAGGGCAAAGGGCAAAACACAGCCAAGGCAGGGCCAUAGGGCAGUGAGGGACCCAGGAGUUCCCAGGGACCCCAGCAAUGGAAGGCGUCAGAAAAGAAAUAAUCCUUGCUUAAGAUCCAGAGAUUUGGGGGCUGAUCAUUGAGACAGAGACAACAGCUGUGUGGGCAUGGAACCUUGGGCAAAGAAAGACUGUCAAGGCUGUGACUGUGAUACAUGGGGCCUGCAAAUACUGAUUCAUACUGUAGACGAAGCCUGUGGCAAUAGAGAUGGAGACAAUAUCUGCAGAUUUAGAGACUGGAUUGGGAAUAGAGAGCCUAUGGAUACAGACUGGACCUCAAUUCUUCAUUUCCUUUAAUUUAGUCUUCCAGGCCUGGGCUCUUGGCUGCCUAGAUGCCUCCUUGCCACCCUCCCAGUAUGGCUUAUUCUUCAGACUCUGUCCAUUGUGGCUAUGGUCCCAGAUUAUUCCUACCCUAAGGAACAGAUAACCUGGGUGCUUGGCCAUGGCUGUAGUGGAUACCACUUCAAGGGGCCCAGUUUUGAAGUGGGCACAGAAGCUACCUAGAGAAAGGAAUCCCCGUCUUGCUAGUGGUAGUGUGGCUCUCUCCUUGGAAGAAACUUUCAAUGCCAGGAUAAAGGAGCUGCCUCAGGCAGAGGUUGAGGAUCAGUAAUGUGUUUGCUAGGACACUUGGCUGUGUCCACUUGUGAUUCAUCCAGGUAAAAAGGACAUUGUUGUGGAGGUCAAGACCUUGUCCUGAGAUAGUAGUAUCACCUGCUGGAUCUGGCUUGGCAUCUGGGAUGUAAAACAUGCUUUGGCCAGAGAGGUGACCCUAAAGCUCUAAGGCUGCCCUGACUAGGUUGGUGGCUUUGGCAUUGAUUGGCCUUUGGUGUCAGCCUUCUCUUCUUUCAUCCCCAUCCCCCUGAGCCCUGGCUUCUGUCUGGGGAGCCCACCCCUGGGCAGAGAAGUGGGACAUGGCCUCAUUAUACUGAUUCAGGUGCCCUGGCAAGGGGGGCUGAGUUUUGGGGCUGUCCCCCAUCCAUUCCCCUCUCUGGAGCUGUUUACACUUUUCUCUUUGCCUUUUCUACAUUUUUAUAUCUUCUUGGGGACUCAGGGAUGAGCGAGAUGGUAGGGCUGGGGGGGGGGGUCCCAGUAGCCAGACUGGAGUGGGGUCAUUUGCUGAGGAUGGAGGCAGUAUGGUGACUUGGGAAUUCUGCUCCUUCAUCUUGCACCCCACAGGGUGCUAUGUCCAUGGAUUAACCCUUUCCACUCCAGACCAAUAGGCAGUGGAUCGAGUGUCUCCCAUCACAGGGCAGGGUCUGAUUCUGUGGCACACAGUCCAGAAAUCCUCGUUCUCUGACAUCCCCAGAGUGUUUAGGUUGCUUUGGGACCUCUCAGGUCUACUGUGGGCUCUAAGUUUGAGCUCUAAGGACCCCAGGGCUUUGAUAGGUAGUUCAGACUCCUAAAGGGGAGGAGGGGAGAAUGAGGCAGCUACUAGGGUACAGGAGAUAAAAUUGGACUCUGCUCUCCUUUAUCUCCCUCAUUCUGUACCGAUACGCCCCUCCAUGCCUCCAGUGUGCCACUCGUUAUGUAGAUCCUUGGCAAAAGGAGGCACCCUGGAAAGGAGGAAAGUCUAGGGGGUCAGUUAAGAUUCCACAGCUCCACCAUUCUCCCCUCUCCCCUUGCUCCUCAGGUACUGCUCUUAGGGCAGUCUUCCUGGCCGUGUUAUGUGGCUUGCCAUCUUUAGGGAGCUGCUCUUUCCAGUUGCCCUAUGCCUGGUCCAGAGCAGAGCUGCCCAUGAGGUCCUUCUGAUUAUACUCUGGAAUCAGGGGUUUGGGGUGGUCGUCUGCCUGUUCUGUGACUACCGCCUUCCACCAAGCACAUGGCAGAUCGGAUCUAGCUGUCUUCUCUGGGGUUGGAGGACUUGGAGAAGAAAGGGAGACAGUCAUUCCAAUAAUACAUCUUGGGGGGCAUGUAGAGGUAGGUUUAGCUAUCUGACUUGCCUAAAUAACAAUUCCUGGAAAAGGAAGAGGUAUGUGAGCGUGAGUGACCAGACUCACGGAGGCAUCAACAGGAGGAGUGCAUUCCCAGGUGCUUUCUGAAGUCCUGCCUCCCCACCACCCCCUCAGCCUCCCCUGCUCUUACUCUCCUAAGAACUAGUCUUCCAUCCCUCCUCUCUAGCCAGGAUCCAGUAUUUCUCCUUGCCCAUCCAGAAAUAUAUCAUUCCCUUUUUGUUCUGGACCAAGUCUGCAUCUCUGUCCCUGGGCCCAUUAUGGAUAUAGGAUCCUUUGGGCCCCUGAGAGAGGGAGAAAGAGGCCCACCCUAUGUGAAGUCCAUUUCCUGCAGUUCCUUUCUAGUUGAGGCCAUUGCGAAGGAAAUGAAGAGGCUAAAGGCUCAAACCUUCCUCCUGGCAAAACCAAGUAGCCCAUGCCAGGGAGGAAAUUCCAAAAUAAGGGUAAAUCAGUGGGUUUAUCUCUGGAAGGACUGCCUGCUCAGGAAUGCUGGAAAUGGAUCAUUGCAGGCCAGAAGGUAUCUGUCAUCCUGACAAGCACCCCCCAGCAUGUUAAAGGAUAAGACAUAGGGAGCUAGGUGGGGGUCUCUAGGACUCAAGGGGAAAGGAGGAGGAUCUGCCCCUUGAUUUUGCCGGCGGGGACUGCAUGAGGGGUUAAUUAUAGACUUUUUGUAGGGGGGAGGGGCAUGUGCAGA